AUGCCGAAAAACAAAGGAAAAGGAGGGAAAAACAGACGAAGAGGAAAAAAUGAAAACGAGUCCGAAAAAAGAGAACUGAUUUUUAAAGAAGACGGACAAGAAUAUGCACAAGUGAUCAAAAUGCUUGGUAAUGGUCGCUUAGAAGCUCAAUGCUUUGAUGGCGAGAAACGAUUAGCACACAUUCGUGGUAAGCUACGGAAGAAGGUAUGGAUUAAUCAAGGUGACAUUAUCUUGAUCUCAUUGCGCGAUUACCAAGAUGCAAAAGCCGAUGUAAUUCUAAAAUAUACAACCGAAGAAGCUCGAAAUUUGAAAGCAUAUGGCGAAUUGCCAGAAACUGCAAAGAUCAACGAAACAGAUACAUUUGGCCCAGAGGAUGAUGAAUGUAAUUUCGAAUUUGAUAUUGAUGAGAUUUAA